AUGACCGGUCUCAUCGUCGCGAUCUACGAAAUUGGAUGUUUCCUCGGCUGCGUGGCAACAGCAUUCUUCGGCGAGAAACUCGGUCGUCGUAGGACCAUCGGUACCGGGUGCUCCAUCAUGAUCGUCGGUGCCAUCGUCCAGGCCUCCUCGUACGGCCGCACGCAGAUGAUCAUCGGGAGGAUCGUCUCGGGCAUCGGCAUGGGAAUCGUCAACUCGACCGUUCCCGUGUUGCAAGCCGAGUUCAGUCCAAAGUCGAGUCGCGGAAUCUAUGUCUGCGCCCAGUUAUCAACCCUCAACUUCGGCAUCUUCCUAAUCUACUGGAUCGACUACGCAUUCUCCUCGCACAUCGAAAGCUACGCCUGGAGAAUUCCGGUGGCUCUGCAAUGCAUCAGCAUCAUUCCGAUGUUUGUGAUCCUCCAGAUGAUACCGGAGACGCCGCGGUGGCUGGCUGCUCACGAUCGUCCUGACGAGUGUCUCGCUGUGCUUCUGCGUCUCAAGUGCGACGAGGACGAAGAGACAGUCAGGAAGCUGCACAACUCAAUCUUGCAGACCGUUCUGUACGAACAGUCUGUGAGCGCCGGGUCUUGGAGGGAUUUGUUCGUGAACGACCGCAUCAAGAGUCAGAGGAGAUUCCUCAUCGCGUGUGCUAUCCAGGGGUUCCAGCAGCUCGGAGGCAUCAACGCGAUCAUCUACUACAGCAGCACUUUGUUCGAGAAGAGCAUCGGCUUCGAUAACCACAUGUCAAGUCUGAUGUCUGGCUUCCUGCAAACUUGGUUCUUCUUGGCCUCGUUUAUCCCCUGGUUCCUGAUUGACCGUGUUGGACGAAGACCUUUGCUUUUGUCUAUGAUCAGCGUCAUGGCCGCAGUUAUGGUAGUUCAGGCGGCCCUAAUCUACCAGGUUCAAAACGCUACAGCCAUUGCGAAGGCAGCUGGCAUCGGCGCGGCUGUUAUGUUGUUCGUUUUCCAAGGAGCUUUCACGAUUGGUUUCCAGGCAACUGUCUGGGUCUAUCCAUCCGAGAUUUUGCCUCUUAGAAUCCGCCAACUGGGCUCUUCUGUAUCGAGUGGAGUCAAUUGGAUCUUCAACUAUAUGGUUGUACAAAUCACCCCGAUCGCCAUCGCCAACAUCGGAUGGAGGACAUACAUCAUCUUCGCCGUGCUCAACGCGACGUGGGUGCCCAUCAUUUACCUCUUCUUCCCAGAAACCAAAGGUCUGGAAUUGGAAGAUGUGGAUCGCCUGUUCUCUGGUGACCACUUCGACGAGAUCGAUCAGGACCGUCCCGUUGAUGAGAAGCACGAGAUGUGGGAUGUUGAACAUGUCCGGACAUAA